GGACCGCCAUGAACUCCUUCCUGGAGUAUCUCACGCGGGGCGGAGAUGGCUUGAGCUUGGCGACCAAAUUCGGGGGCUCCGAACCCGGUGGCGUGGCUCUGCGGCCGCCCUGUCCCCUAUCCUCAGGCGGGGAAGGCGCCUACCCCACGCCGGCGGCAGGAAGCUUGCCGGACUUCUCCCCGCGCUCGGCGCAACCGCAGCAACAGCUGGCGCCUUGCGCCUUGGCGCGCAGCGCUUUCGCGGCAGCAGAGUACAGCUUGCUCCGGCCCGAGGCGCCUUACGCGGCCCCCGGCGGCCCAGACGAGGCCGGCGCUCCCCUCCACUACGCCACCACGUCUAUCUUUACGGGUGGCGGCGGCGGCGCUUACCUCCAAGUGGACUACGGCGCGCUCAGCGACACCUUCCAGCCUUGCGCCAAGGAUGCGCCGCCCCCGCCACCCCCUUCCUCGGACUUCUGCGUUAAGGCCGGCUCCCGGAUCGCGCUCAGCACGUUCGAGUGGAUGAAAGUCAAGAGUGCGCCCCCGAAAAGGCUUACCUGGGCCCCCAAUAUUUUUUCAAGUUGUCACCCUUGGAUCCUGGGUUCUGAGUCUGAAACCGACAUGUCCCACCUCGUGCCCCUCCCUCCUGGUUCUGCGCUGGUUAACUCGGAAGUGAGGCCCCUGAACUUCGUGGGGCUUACUCCCAAUUCAACUCUCUUCUUACUCCAUGCAGGCAAGCUCUCCACCUAUGGAUCUCCCAGCCCUCCCAGUGCUGUCCGGACCAAUUUCAGCACCAAGCAACUCACGGAGCUGGAGAAAGAGUUCCACUUCAACAAGUACCUCACCCGGGCCCGACGCGUGGAGAUCGCCAAAUCCCUGGGCCUCAAUGACACUCAGGUAAUCUGGUUCCAGAAUCGGAGGAUGAAACAGAAGAAAAGGGAGCGGGAAGGGAUGGUCGUCCCUUGCGCUGCGGUACCUUUUCACAGCCUCUCCUCGGAGUCGAGCCCGACACAGCCAGCGAUGCGUUCGGCUCCCUCUUCUCCAGCCAAGGGCUCGCCCUGACGGCUGUGGAAACACAGAGAGGCGUCAGGAACAGCAGGAGGCUGAAAAGACUCAAGAGAAUUAAACAACAACAAAAACUCCAGAUAAAUAGGAAAGGUCUAAAUGGUGUUAAAUCGUGCACAUUCUAAGACGAUGGGAUUGCUUUGUUUUAUUUAGAAAGACAACCAUUGCACUGAUGUUGUUGCACUCCCCUUGGGGAAAAGGCUGGCUUUAUCACGUGUAGGAUGAAGGGUAUUUGCUGCUUUUACGCAGAACUCGCUCAAGGCACAAAUGGCACCGUUUGACUUGUUUACAUUUUAUUUAUUUGCAUUUCAGGGAAAGCUGCUCUUAGGCCGCUGUGUGCUGCUAAACUUUGUGAUUGGCCUUGCUGAGUUUAUUUGGCCUUAGGCUUGCUUACUCACGAGGAAGUCUCGUGGGAAAGGGGCAGAAGAUCUUAAGCU